UAGAUAUAUAUUAGACCCACCCAAACCAAACCAAUCCAGUCUCAACGACCUCCAUCUGCAUCCCCAUGGCUUGGAUGUGGACAAUUCUUAUACUGCUCUUGCUUGCUUAUCUCCUACAACUCCAACCAUGGAAAAGAACCAAGAACAACAACAAAAGAUUACCUCCUGGUCCAAGAGGCUUCCCCCUUUUCGGAAGUCUCCAUUUGUUAGGAAAAUUACCUCACAGAGAUCUUCACGAACUCGCUAAACAAUACGGCCACAUCAUGCAUAUCCGCUUAGGCCAAAUUCCCACAAUUGUCGUCUCCUCCUCUGAAGCCGCCGAGCUCUUCCUCAAGACCCACGAUCUUGUUUUCGCAUCCAGACCUCCCCAUCAAGCCGCCAAGCAUCUGUUUUACAACCAGAUCGAUAUGGCCUUCUCCGGAUACAGCUCUUACUGGCGCGAUCUCCGAAAGAUUUGUGCCAUGGAACUGCUCAGCAACCAUAAGAUCAACUCUUUCGGAGCCAUGAGGAAGGAAGAGGUCGGCCUGUUGAUGGAGUUCGUUCGAGGGUCGGCCAUAUAUGGAGUGGCAGUGAAUCUGAGCACAAGGAUUUGGUCUCUGAGUUACGACAUGAGUUGCCGGAUGGUGUUCGGGAAGAAGUUCUCGGAAAAGGUGUUUGACGACGACAGAGGAUUCAUGGCUGUUGCCUUGGAAGGUAUGCAUUUGUUAGCUGUCCCUAACUUGGCUGAUUAUAUUCCUCCCAUCGCUCGGUUUGAUGUUCAGGGAUUGACGAAGAGGUUGAAGAAGGUAAGCAAAGCGUUUGACGAAUUUUUUGAGAAGAUCAUCGAUGAACACAUUCAGAGCAAGGAUGAAGAUAGAACCAAAGACGUCGUUGAUGUAAUGUUGGGUUUCUUGGGAUCAUAUAAUUCUGAGUAUCGUAUGGAAAGGACUAACAUCAAAGCCGUUAUUCUGGACCUUCUCUUAGCCUCCAUAGACGCUACAGCAACAGCAAUCGAAUGGGCACUCUCUGAACUCAUCAAGAACCAAGACAUAAUGCAAAAAGUACAAAAAGAGUUAGAAAACACAUUCGGCAUGGAGAGGAUAGUGGAAGAAUCAGACCUAGAAAGCUUGGAAUACUUAAACAUGGUAGUAAAAGAAACGCUAAGGCUACAUCCAGCUGGACCAUUGUUGCUACCCCAUGCAGCCAUGGAAGACUGCACCAUCAAUGGCUUCCACAUACCCAAAAACGCACGCAUCAUUGUAAAUGCAUGGGCCAUUGGAAGAGACCCUAAUGAAUGGAAUGAUGCAGAGAAGUUCAUGCCGGAGAGGUUUUUAGGUGGCGAUGUCGAUGUCCGUGGACAUGACUUCAAGCUCAUUCCUUUUGGCUCUGGAAGAAGGAUUUGCCCAGGAAUGCAAUUGGGAUUGACUGUGCUUCGACUGGUUGUCGCGCAGCUUGUGCAUUGCUUCGAUUGGGAACUUCCAAAUGGUAUGUCCCCUGAUGAGUUGGACAUGAAAGAAGACUUUGGAAUAGCAAUUCCAAGGGCUAAGCAUUUACUAGCUAUUCCUACUUAUCGUCUUCACAAGUAGUGAUCAUAAUUAAUGUGUGCCUUUUAAUUAAUAUUGUAAGGCUAGUCCUAGCUCUUUGGAAUGCUCUUAAUGUGGGAUUUUAUGCUUUGUAUUUUUUUUAUUAUACAUAUGAAAAGCAAAUUAA